CUAGCCGGAGCCGAGCCGGGUCUGUCCACCUGGGAGGGGCACGCUCUCACCGCAACGACAGGUGUGGCCGGGCCUACAGCUGCUGUGUACAUGGCCCAUUUCCCCAAGUCCCGAGGCUCUAGGGCGCCUCCGGAGUCCUCGUGGGGGUGAUUAACUCUCAGUUGACGAUGGAGGUGCUGCCCCCGAUCCAGAAUGUCUGUGCCAGCUCCCCCAGCCAGAGCUCAAAGCCAGGGCUGUGCUGAGCGCGGGCGAUGUGACAGCUCCUGGCCUCAAGGGCGGUCCAUCACACAGGUGGUUCCACGGCAGCACCGAUGCUGGAAAUGGAUGGCUCUGUCCGAGACUGCAAGCCUUUAUAAGAGUUCUGGUUCCGGAAGACCCUUCGCAGAUGCCUUGGGCCUAGUUCCCGCCCAGGCACAAGACAACGCUGAAGACAUGGGCCGGAGCAUGCCCCGGUGCCUGGGGCAACUGGACAUCCGCAAAAGUGUAGUGGGCCUGGCCACGGGUGCCGGCGCCCUCUACCUGCUCUACAAGGCCAUCAAGGCUGGCCUAACGUGCCAGCCGCCCCUCUGCUCCAACUCGCCCAUCUGCAUCGCCCGUGAGUGUCCGGGCCCUGGGGAGAGGGCUCUGCCCCAGGAGGCACCUGCUCCCGAGGCCGCCACUGUGGGAGGGCCCAAAGGCCUGGCCAUCGAGCGAGAGCGGCACGGGCGGGACUCGGGUGAGCUCCGGAGGCUCCUCAACUCCUUGGAGUGCAAACACGAUGAGUACACCAAGAGCAUGAUCCUGCACAGCAUCACGCGCUGUGUGUACUUGCUGGAGGCUGAGGCCUCUGCUUGUACUACUGAUGACAUCAGGUUGGUGGGCUCCAUGCUGGAUGACAAGGACACCAGUGUCAAAAUCCAAGCUCUGAAUGCACUUAAAGCUUUCUCUGGCAUCAGAAAAUUCAGGCUCAAAAUUCAGGAACACUCUAUCAAGGUUCUGGAGCUGAUCUCUACCAUCUGGGACACGGAGCUGCACGUGGCGGGCCUCAGACUCCUCAACAACCUCCCACUGCCCGACUACGUGCACCCACAGCUGCGGCGCGUGAUGCCUGCCUUGAUGGAGAUCCUGCAGUCGGACUACAUCCUGGCACAGGUUCAAGCCGUACGACUGCUGAGCUAUCUGGCACAGAAGAAUGACCUUCUCUACGACAUUCUUAACUGCCAGGUACACUGCAACUUCCUGAGUCUGUUCCAGUCCACACAGCCAGGGAGCCUGCUGUUCGAGGUACUGGUGUUUGCUGAGCGACUGAGUGAGGGUCGUAAUGCAACCCACUACCGCGCUGUGAAAUGGCAUUACAACGAGCAGUCCCUGCACGAAGCCCUCUUUGGGGACGAGUCACGACUGGCAGAUCGGCUGCUUGCUCUGGUCAUCCACCCUGAGGAGGAGGUUCAGAUCCAGGCCUGCAAGGUCAUCGUCAGCCUGCAGUGCCCCCGGGACUUGAGAGUCCGGCCUUCCUCCUGCCACCCCAGUCACUCCUACUUUAAAAAUGCGGAAUAAAAUAAAGGAGAGUCAGUAAA